GGCAUCUGUAAUGGCCGCCUUCAUAUGUGAUGCGGAUGAAUCAAGAUCAAAAUGUUAAUAUAUUUUAUUUUUUUGCAGGCACAGAAUUCUUAAGAAACAUGUAGUUGCAAAAGAAAUGUUCGAUGAUGUGAAAAUAUGUCCUGUAACUAUUAUUUUUGGUGUUUGUUGCAAUUUUAUGUUACUACAGUGGAUAUUUAUUUAUGUCUUUCGUGCAGUGCAAUGAAGUAUCGGUUAUGUUUGGACUCCAAAACUUUGUGAAAUUGUCAAUUACAGUGCGCAAGUGAAGCACAAAUUUUUUUGGAAUACCCAGUACAAGCUCAUGGAAAAUCAUCUUCUUGAAGCACAUAUUACAUCCAGUACAAAUUGUGAAUUCUAGUGACUCGACCAGCUUGCUUUUUUAUUAUGUUAGGUUUCCAGUCAUGACUGAGCGAGAUGAUCAGGAUUGUGCCAACUUUCAAAAUAUGAUUGAUUCAUAUUUGAGUACAAGAGAUUCCAAGUCCCCACCAAAAGCUCAAGUGGACGAGGCAUCUCUCCAACAAGCCAUGGAUAAGAAUAAAGAAUCUUUAAAAGUGAAACUGAUGAUGAGGAGGCCAAUAAAUCAACUUGUCGAACAGGGAAUCAUGCCUUCACCAAAAAAGCCUCUUCAAUAUCUGCAGCAAUGUCAGAAGCUUGAAAGAGCCAAGACCGAAAAUAUUUUAAAAAAUCUGAUGAAAACCAGACCUGACAGGCAAGCAUUGAUUGACCAUCAUAUUUUAGAAGAUACAACAAUUGAUCCUAGCCUGCAAGACAAGCAAAGACAGUUGAAAAAGGCUCGAUUGGCUGAUGAUCUAAAUGAUAGAUUAUCUCAUAGACCUGGACCUUUAGAGUUAAUUAAAGGCAAUAUUUUACAUACUGAUGAAAAAUUUGCACAAGCUGUUAAAGAGGGACAGAUUCCAUUUAAAAGAACAUGUGAAGGUCAGGCCUUAAGGCAUCCAGCACCCUGUUUUACCUUUGAGGAUGACAGUGGGAGUGAUGCUGCUUUAUCUCCUCCCCAAGAUGCUCUGGACCAGUCCUUGGGCAGUAUGCCAUCUGUGGAGUCUAUGGUGCUCUCACCUUAUCCAAACCAAGAUUCUCCCACUAGCAGUAUGGGAGAGCUUAGAAUUGCCUCUUCUACGCCUCCCAGUUCGCAAUCAUCGCCAGUCCCUAGUCAGACUGGGAAUGUGCCCUCACAAAGUGAACCCCCACAGAAAGAGAGCAGCACAUCAUCAACCACUCGCAGGAAAAAAUCCAAACCAAAGGCUCCACCCAAGACCAGAACAAUAAAAUUCCAUGAAUACAAGGGUCCACCAAGCGCUCAAAAGAGCCAAGCCUGCCUGUCGAAGGAAGAGACCUCAUAUGAACUUCUGCUUCAGCAACAACAACUUUUCCUUCAAUGGCAACUUGAGAUGCAACAGAAAUAUCCUCAAGUGAUUCUUCCUGUUCCUCAACAACCUUCUGGGGACCAAUCAAAAUCCACAAAUGCAAUCCAGAAUUCUACUAUUGAAAAGCCUCAAGAUACAACGAACACAUCUUCUCCAACUUUGGUGAAGAACUUAGAAGAUCUGAAAGUAAAUGGAUUGAAAGCUGAAUGCAAGAAGAGGAAUUUGCCAGUUUCAGGAUCAAAAAAUCAGUUGUUAGAACGGUUGAGGAACCACAUGGAAUCCUCAAAUAAUAAAAAUAAUCAAGACAAGAACAAUUGUGCUACUAUAGAAACCACUGCUGUUCCAGUAAACAUGAGCGGAAUCAUUUUGGACACUUUGCCCACUCUUGUGACGCAGCAGGCACCGGUUACUUCUGUAGUAACAGUGAAUGCACCAAUGAUAAAUAACAGGGCUUCACAAAUCACUUUGGGUGAUGGCACUGAAACGCUUAUGGUAUAUAAUACCAUGCCUGUUCAAGGACAAAUAGUGACUUCAAGGCCAUCAUCCGCUGCCCCAAUGGAUGUGGAAAUGAAUUCGAAUGCAGAUGUUAUGGAUUGUACAGAAAAUACAACUGCAGUGAAUGAAGAAAUUGUUAAGAGACAACAGCAAAAAAUCUUGCAAUUGGAAAGAGAAUUAGAAAGAUCUCAGAGACAAUUGCAACAACAGUGGUGGCAACAACAGCAGCAACAAGCACAACAACAAGUCCAGCAGCAGGUUCUGCUGGCAUCUCAUCCUGUUCCUAUUGCACCUGCACCCCCAUCCAACCAUGUUUCCAUGGCAACCGCUUUACCUCAGCCCACUGUUGCCCAGGCUGUGGUCCAGUCACAGUUGCUGCAACCCAAAGCACAGUUAAAUACUGCACAACAACUGUUGCAACAAGCAAACAAAUACACACCUGGAUCUGCUGGGCAUAAUUCUGCCUUAGUAAAGGCAAGCUUAGCAGCUUUUAUUCAUAAUCAACAAGCUAACAAUGUUCGACUGCGAAAUGGACUGGCAACACCCAAUCAUCAGAACAUCUCUCAGUUCACCAAUUUGAAGCCCAUUGUUUUGUGUCAAGCACAAACAGUCCCUACUGUCAUUGAAAAACCUAGAGCGAAUUCAUUGCCUAAUGGAGUAGGACAACAAAAAAUGGUUUGGUCUUCAUCUGUACCCAACUUUUCCAAUGUUAUUGCUCCCAAAAUAACAGUAGGUACCAUUGAUCCAAAAUUCUUGUUGCAAAAAGCUCCCCCUGACUACAAUGAAGUGGUAAAGCCACAGAUUAAAGUCAAACAAGAAAAGGCAUCUGGUUCUAAAAGAAGUGGUAGAAAAUCUGUCAAAAGCCAAGAAGUUGAUGAUGUGUUAGAUGUGCUUAUUAGCCAUGGAGAAUUGCCUCCAAGUGCAGCACAAGAGCCUCCUACUCCUACUACCCCCGAAACACAAAAAGGUGGUCCAGCUCCUCCUGCUUUUCCGAGUGUUGGUGAUAUAAAACCUACCCUAUCAGUUUCCAGUCCACCCAACAUCAACACAUCUGAACAACCUGUUGAUACUUCUAUGAAACUUAAUGAUUCUCCCAAACCCCAGGAAGAGAGAAAUGAUCCAAAUCCUCCUCUGGUAUUUGACUUGAAUCUGGACUUCCAGGAUUUGGAAGCCAUGGAUCUCGGAGUUCUGGAUCGCAAUGACAUGAAUGAUCCAACAUCUCAGUCCUCGUCCAGCAAAUCUGACUCGCUGCAACAACAACAGCAAAUACAAAACAAUUGUGCUCCAUCAUAUAGUGAUCUGGAUAUGGAUGUGGAGUUCACUGAUUGGUUGGAUAUCUUGACUAACAAUAAUUCAGUGCCCAAUACCAACCAGAAUCGGAUUAGUAGCUUUAAUGGUGAUAACAGUGAUCCUUUACUGCCCAGUAUGGAUAGUGGGCAGGAAACUCUGGACAUGUUCUCCUUGGACAACCUCGACUUCAAACUGCCAUCAGACUCCAAUUUGUUAAGUUGGGAUAAAAUAGACUAUGCCACUUAAAAUGUAGCAUUUGUGAUAAAAAAUUUUGCAUGAACUCAUAAAUAAGAAAAAAGUGUUUGCAAUUAAAUGUCCCAUCCUUUCAUUUACGGACAAACUGAAAUACAGUUCAUUUUUUUUCUCAUGUGAAAAUUGGGUUAACAUGAGUGAAUUAAGAGCUGCAGUUGGCCCUUUAUAGCAUGACGGUUUUGCAAUUAGUAUGUUCUAAUUGGUUUAUAAGUAUGUGAAUUGUAUGUUAGUUCCUAAUAAUUACUAAAAUGUAAUAUAUAAUAAGAAAUUUUCAGAAUAAAAGUAUAAAAUGCAAAGUAAAAUUUUGUUAAAGAUGUAGUAAAUUUAAUUUAUGAGAUGCCAAUGCUGAUUUAUUAUUUGAAGCAAAGUAUCUAAACCCCAAAGUGGCAAAUUCUUGAAAAAUCAGUUAUGAAUAGGCUUUUAGUUGGACAUUUAAAAUAUUCUGUAUAAUUUUCAGUUUUUAUUCUCUUCUUGAAACUACAAGCUUUAAAAUUGGAAAUAUACUAUCUCAUCUCAAUUUUUUGAAUCCCCUAAUCAUUUUUUUUAUUAAUAAAUUUGUUAUAUGCACUGAAGAUAAAU